GGCUCUGCCGCGAGCCUUCCGGUUUCUCAGAAUUGCACCGCCUCUUUUCAGAGGUUGGGAAUACGCAGUUCACCCAAGCCAGCCGGCGCUCUCCGUAGUUGCUGGCAACUGCAGCCCAGUAUUUUCUCGCUCCAGUUCUCUCUCUUAAGAAAACCCUGGCGGUAAACUAGCCACGUUCCUAGAUGUACUGUCCCUCACCCCUCUAAAAUGUCCAAUAACCUACAGAGAGUCUUCCUGAAACCCGCUGAAGAAAAUUCAGGCAACGCCUCGCAUUGUGUUUCAGGCUGCAUGUACCAAGUAGUUCAGACGAUUGGCUCGGAUGGAAAAAAUCUUCUGCAGUUACUUCCAAUUCCUAAUUCUUCUGGAAAUCUUAUUCCGCUAGUUCAAUCUCCAGUCAUGUCUGAUGCUUUGAGAGGGAAUACAGGAAAACCAGUGCAAGUUACUUUUCAGACUCAGAUUUCCAGCUCCUCUACAAGUGCAUCAGUUCAAUUGCCCAUUUUACAGCCAGCCAAUUCUUCAAACUAUUUUCUUACAAGAACAGUAGAUACAAAAGAAAAAGGUAGAGUUACUUCUGUGGGAACUGAAAAUUUUGUUUCAUCAUAUUCUAAGGUUAAGAGUCAUGGUGUGAAAAUUGAUGGACUCACCAUGCAAACAUUUGCUGUUCCUACCUCAACACAAAGUGAUUCAUCUUACAUUGUAGUCAAUUCCCCAAGUCUUCCAGUGAAUGUGAAAUCUCCAGUUUUGCCUUCUGGGCAUCAUUUACAGAUUCCAGCCCAUGCUGAAGUGAAAUCUGUACCUGCAUCAUCAUUGCCUCCUUCAGUUCAGCAAAAGAUACUUGCAACUGCAACCACAAGUACCUCAGGAACAGUUGAGGCCUCCCAAAUACCAACAGUUAUUUAUGUAUCUCCUGUAAAUACAGUGAAAAACGUAAUUACCAAGAACUUCCAAAAUAUUUAUCCAAAACCUGUUAAAGAAAUAGGAAAACCAGUGAUACUAAAUACCACACAAAUUCCAACGAAAGUUGCUACAGAGACACAAUUAAAAGGUGGUCAGCAUUCUCAAGCUACUCCAGUGAAAUGGAUUUUUCAAGAAAAUCUACAGCCUUGUACUCCAUCUCUUGUUCCUGUUAAAUCUUCAAAUAAUGUGGCAUCAAAACUUUUAAAAAGUUUUGUAGAUAGGAAAAGUUUGGGAGAUAGUACUAUAAAUAUGCCAUCGCUGAGUACUGUCAGCUCUAGUGGGACACAAUCUAUGAGUGUGCCUAUAAAAGAUAAUGCAUUGGUUAUGUUUAAUGGGAAAGUCUAUCUGUUGGCUAAAAAGGGAACAGAUGCUCUGCCUUCACAAACUGACCAACAGAAUUCUGUUUCUGUUGAUGCUUCAUUAAGAAAAGACACACCACAGGUAGUGAGUUCAAAUCCAGUUACAGAAAUAUCCAAAGAGGUUGUAAAUAUUGUUUUAGCUAAAAGUAAAUCUUUCCAGAUGGAGAUAAAAUCACUUUCAAAUACUCAUCUUUCUUCCAUGGUCAAUUUAAGUUCAGAGAAGAAUAAAAAAGUGGAGAAACCAUCUCUUUCUACCACAAACCCAAAUACUAUGAACCAAUCCAGUAACUACCCAAAACAGAGUAAGACUUUAUUCACAAAACCACUCUUUCCAGAUGGAUUUAGUACAGGACAGAGUGCCCCGAGAAAAAGAAAUAUCAUCCAGAGCAUAGAGAAAAUAAGUUCCUCAGUUGAUGCAACAGCUGUUACUUCACAACAGUGUGUUUUCAGAGACCAAGAACCAAAGAUCCAGAAUGAGAUGGCAUCGACAUUAGAAAAUUGUACUCGAGAAAGCAAGGUGGAGAAAGAUUCUCAAGAAUGCAUUAAUAAGGCAUCACAUUUGAAGAGUGAUGCUGAAUUUAAAAAGAUAUUUGGUCUCACUAAAGAUUUGAGAGUUUGCCUUACUCGAAUUCCUGACCAUUUGGGCUCUGGAAAAGGUUUUGAUUACUUCAGCAGUUUGGUGAAGAGUGGUACAUACAAAGAGACAGAGUUUGUGGUAAAGGAAGAGGAAAAAAACCAGAAUUUUGGUAAGAAAAGAAAAGCAAAAACCAUUAAGAAGAUGGAUCACACAAAGAAGAGAAAAACUGAGAGUGUUUUUAACACAGUCACAAAUGGGGAAACAAAUGUCACCACUUCUGAAACCCUUAGCAGUAUUUUCUCAACUUCACAUAUAUUACAACAUGACAUUCUCCCAAGCCACAGCAAAACCAGAGAAGAAAAGAGAACCAAUAUAAAAUACUGUUCCCAAGAGAAGCAGCAGAAAGGUACAUUGAACUCAAAUAUAAUGUUUGAGCCAAGUCAUUCCUUUAAUAAAAAUUAUACUGAAGAUAUUUUCCCAGUGACACCACCCGAAUUGGAAGAAACCAUCCGAGAUGAAAAAAUAAGAAGACUUAAACAGGUGCUGAGAGAGAAAGAAGCAGCUCUUGAAGAAAUGCGUAAGAAGAUGCAACAAAAAUAAAAUGUCCUAUACUUAAAGACUUCAGUGUAAUAACUUUUAAAAAUAGGCCUUUUUAUUAAUAAAGUAGUCACCCCGUAUCUACCAGGGAUAUGUUUUAUGACCCCCAGUGGAUAUCUGAAAUCAAAGAUAGUGCUGUACCCUGCAGUUUUUGACAGCCACUCCAGUAACCGAGACAGUGACUUAAAUACCAGUGUGGAUACCAUGGACAAAGGUGUGACUUAUAUUCUGAGCAGAACAGCGUAAGAUUUCAUUGCACUACUCAGAAUGACAUAAAACUUAAACUCAGGAAUUAUUUCUUCCUAGAGUUUUCCAUUUAGUAUUUUGGACACCACUGAAAUCAAAACUAAAAGACUACUGUAAGUUAAUUAUAGAUGCAUUCUGAAAGUGUUUUUAAAUAUGAAACUUUCAUCAAUAGAUUACAAAAUUUUAUUUAAGGAGUACAGAAAAGCUUGAUUCACAUGAUAUAUGACUAAUAUACAUGAGAUACCUGAACCAUUGUCUUUAGAUACCUUUUUUGGAAGGAAAAAUUCUUUAUUUUUCUAUUGUCUUAACUGAAGUUUGAGUAUUUGUACCGGGUUUUUGUUAUUGUAUCUUUAGCUAAAUUUCUCAUGUGUUGCUUCAACAGUAGUUGUUAUAUACUGUUGAAAUCCUGCAAUUCAAGAGAGGAAAUAAGCUGUAAACAUAAGUUUACCAUUGAAUUUGUAUAUGUACUCUUGAUCUUAUGCAUAAAAUGAUGAUACUUUCUAGUCACCAGUUAUUUUGUUAAUUUCAUGAAAGAAAAUAUAUUACACAGCAGCAUUAUUUAAAUGUUGAGAUAUUUCUCAAGUGUGAAGGAUACUUACAACUCUACAAAGUUAUUUUGUAAAUCCAAAACAGUAUUUAGAAUUCAGGCUUUUUGCGUAUUUAAUGUAUUAUUAGCUUAAAGUGAUGUAUUGUUAGGCAGCAAUUCAUUCUCUUUCUCCAUUUCCUUUUUUUUUUUUUUGUAUAUGUGCAUAUGUUAAAUAGCAUGAAAAGUAGAUCUGAACACAUUUAAUACUUUUUAACCUGUAUACUUUCCUUAAUAGAGUGGUACUUUUUCUGUCUGGCUAAUUUUUGAUUUGGGAGAGAUUGAGGGAAUAGUGUGGGCAUAGGGAUUAAGAAGGGAGAAUAUUAAAAAUGAUUAACAAGUCCUAGAAAUAAGACACAUUUAAGAAAAACUACAAUGACAAUAAAAGAAAAUAGAAAAUACUGAACAGGAGGGAAACAAGUCCAUCAACUAGGCUCUUUUUAGUAGCAGCUUUAUUGAAAUAUAAUUCACAUACUAUAAAAUUCACCCUUGGAAAGUGGUUUUAUUUAAAGGUGUGCAGCUACUAAUACUUUAGAACACUUUCAACAUCCUCGAAGUCAUGACCAUUAGCAAUCACCUCAUUCCUCAUUCCCCCAUCUAAGCAACACUAUUGAGAACAUUUUGUAUACAUGAAAUUAUAUAAUUACUUUUGUAACUUAUUUCACUUAAUGUUUUCAAGAUUUGUUCACAUUGUAGCAUGAGUAGAUACUUCGUUAUUUAUUGCCAAAUAAUAUUCCAUUGUACUGUUAACAGUGAUUCCUCAGUAUCUGUGGAGGAUUGGUUACAGAAACUCCAAAGAUAUCAAAAUCUAUUGAUGUUCAAGUCUCUUAUAUAAAAUGGCAUAGUAUUUACAUAUGUUAUGUCCUGUAUGAGUAAUAUAUAGAUAUUACUUAUAAUACCUAAUACAAUCUAUGUAUAUAAUACACUGGAGAAUAAUGACAAGGAAAAAGUAGAUAUAUUUGGUUGAUACAAUGUUGUUUAUGUUAUGGAUAAAGUGGGCUGCUUGUACCACACUUAAAUGUUCAUCUCUUAAAGGCAUUUUGUUUAUUUCUACUUUGGGCAACUUAAAAUAUUUCUGUGAAUGUUAAUCUACAAGUUUUGUGUGAACAGUUUCCAGUUCUUUUGGGUAUAUACUUAAACAUUUUAAUUUUUGAGUCACACAAUAACUCUUAGGCUUAAUAUUUUGAAGCAUUGCUAAACUAUUCCAUUCAGGUUUUGCUCCCCCACCUUCACUAAAACACGUUUUGUCAAAGUCACCAGUGAUUUCCAUGUUACGCUGUCCCCGGGUUAGUUUCAAGCUUUGUAGUUUAUCAGUAGAAAAAAAUCAUUGCUUCCUUUCAUAAAUGUAUAAAGUAUAACAGAAGUAAUGUAUGCAUAUUGUGGAAAAUAUAGCAAGCUAAAAUAUUAAAAAUUAAAAUACACUCAAAAAUUAAAAUAUCAAGCUUCCAUUAUUGAAAGUUUA